UUUUGCAGCACAGUUUCUCUACUCCAGGGUGUUAAAAAACAGAAGUCCCAGGGAGCGCUUCAGGGAAGAUGAAGAAUACGACCCUUUCUGGCAAAGGUUGGAGAAUAUUGCUGUCUGACUUAGAGCUAGAGCUCUCCUUUAUCCCCCUCAGGGGUCACGGUCAGCCCUUGGGGUCCACCCAGGGCCAGGCCCAUGGACAUGACAACCCCUGGACCCCUCCUGCCUCCUUAUGGUGUCGUAGUUGGAGUUUUGCUUCGCCUCGUUGCUUAUUUAGUCGCUGUGCUGUAUAGUUAUGCUGAGCAGCUGUUCUUGAAAAAGGAUGACAAUAAAAUAAAGAAACAAGAUGUCCCAGCCCUUUGUGAUCUUCACCGCUGUAAGGACGGGCAGAUGAGAAAUGGCCUUAUUGCACAGAAGCCACCCUCUAUCAACCCUGAGAGACUGAAGGAUUUUGGUGAGGAGGAUUACCUGAACGGGGAUGUGAAGACCUGGGAAAUGAAGAUAGUGAGCCGAAAUGAGGAGUUACUUACGGAUACUCGUUCCUGCGUCCCUCAGUCAAGCAGUACAACCAUCAUGUCAAGCUGUAACAAGCUGAUUCGAUUUGAAGAUAUCAGCGCAGCAGCCUUCAAAAUCCAGUGCGGUGUUCAGAAAACCCCCUGCAUGUAUUCUAGGCUAUCCAAGCAAUAUGGAAUGGACAUCUACCUGAAGAAGGAGUUCCUCCAAUACACAGGAUCUGUGAAGGAACGAGGUGUACUUUACCUUCUGACAUCAUUGCCUCAGGAUCAGCAAAGAAAAGGGGUGAUUGUGGCUUCGGACAGUAACUUCUCCAUGGCUGUUGCCUACCACGCCUCAGAGCUCCGUAUUCCAGUCUUUGUCAUCAUGUCAACCAGCACGUCUCCCGUCAGGGUGAAAAUGUGCCGUGAGUAUGGAGCCAUGGUUAUAUCCUAUGGAACCACAGCUAAGGACUCCCAGAUACACGCCAGAAGGUUGGCUCAGGAGAAUGGUUACCUCUACCUCGAAGAGGAGGAUAGUGCUGUGUACCUGUCAGGCCUGGGGACCGUGGGGCUGGAGGUGUACGAGCAGGUGCCAAAGCUGGAUGCAGUGAUUUUCCCUGCAGGAGGCCACUGUGGCUUGCUGGCAGGGUCGGCUGCUACACUCAAAUACCUCAACCCACGUAUUUCUGUAAUUGGGGUUGAAUCUGAAAGUUUCCCUGUAUUGCAACAGUCCCUAAAGGCUGGCCACCCAGCUGAAGACCAGGCCUGCAACAAUCAUCACUUUUAUGGAGAUGUGAGCGGAGUUUGCUUUGGCAGCAAUUCUUUGCAGCUGACUGGGAAACUUGUGGAUAAAGUUGUCGCUGUGAGGGAGGAGGACAUCCUCAUUUCCAUGCUGAGAUUGCUGGAGUAUGAGCGAGCCACUGUUGAUGCAGAAGGGGCCAUUGGACUUGCAGCACUGAUUGCAGGGAAGCUGCCUGAGUUGAAGGGUAAAAGAGUGGCAGUUGUUAUAUGCAGUGGAAACCUGGAAUUACAUUUACUGCAAAAGUGCAUAGCUCGUGCCCUGACCCUUGACAACACAGUGUGCAGAUUUUCCCUUGUGAUUUCCGACUGCCCAGGAGACAUGUCAAAGCUACUGGAGAUUUUGGCUCGGGAAGAAGCAAGAGUUUUGGAUAUCAAACAAGAACGCACAUUUGUGACAUCUGAGCUCUUCACUGUUGAGGUCAUCUGCACUGUGGAGACCAGAGACAAGAUCCACACAGCCCAGCUGAGGAAUGCGCUCUUGGAACGCUACCCCACAACUACCUGGACCCAGCGGUGAUGGGCACAGCCCAAGGGAAGGGACCGGGGUCCUCUGACAAGUAUUUUACAGAGCCCUAAUCUUGAGGCUUUCAGAACACAAGCUAUCUUUCAAAGCUGAACAGCUAGCAAAUAGUUUCAGGAUAUUUAUUUCCUGCUCAAAAGGUAGUGAAUAUCUUUGGGAAAAAAAAAGUGAAACUCGAAACUUUAGCUUAGCUAAGGGAAACUUCUAGUCUCUGCUGGUGUUGGAAUUCAAUAAUUCAUUAUCAGCUGGCUGUCUGGAUUUUGGCUAGUGUGUAGAAUCCAGUGAUACUCAGUAAAUAAACAGGGAGAAGGCAUUUCUUUUUACAUCUGAAUAUAGACCUCUCAAAGGUCUUUUGAUUUUGAUGCUCCUAGUUAAAGUAAUACAGCUCCUUCUGCUGGACUUUGCCAUAUUACUGGUACAGAAAUUUUCUCUUUCCAAGCCAGAAGCGAUUUUCCAUUUAAUAAAUCUUCUUCAGGACGUAUAUACAUGUGUGUUUGAAGACACUUCUGUUCUAUCUUUGCUACCAUGUGAGGAAAAAUUAUGAUAAUAAAAUGUGAUUUAAACAAAAGCAAAAAAACCCUUGGAAGAUAAAAGCCAAUAUUGUACUUUUUUUU